CACUUGGGGACCAAAACAAAAGCAAAGCGAAAAAUUGUAUAUAAUUUCUCAAGUUCAGUUAUUUCUUUUUUUUUUUCUUUUGUUAGGCGUUGUCAUUUCAAUGGGGAUAAAUAUAAUUUAAUACGUUUUGAGGAAAUAAAAAAAAGGUUGACUUACGUCAUCAGACGUUAGUCUUGUGAAUAGGUCUAAAAAUGUAAAUAGGGUGAAGUACGAGUUGUAACUUGUGUUCUGAAAAUGGUGCAGAGUUUGUUUGCUCCUCAUGUUCAGCGAUUUGUAGAAGAGGUGUUAAGGCAGGGAAAGACUGGAGUUUCGUCAGGCAGCUUAAGCAUCACAAGUUCUAAAAGUGGAGCUCCCUUUCAUGAACAAAGACCUCUUGACAGAUUUAAGUUGAUAAUUCCGUAUGGAGGACAGUCUCUGACAUGGGAAGUUAUUUUUGAUGGGGAGCAUGAGGAACACCCUCCAGACUUUAUUUUUGAUGAUACAGAAUUCCUUCCCAAUAUAGAAGAUGUGCAUAGUUUGUGUGAAUGGACACCAAGAGACACUUCAUGUUUACUUCGGUCAGUCCAUGAACUGCUAGACUUGUAUCGAAAAAAAACAGCAUCUCAGCUAAAGGACUUUUCAAGACUUCAGUUUGAAUAUUCCUCCUUGCUACACCAAGCCGACCUCACAGAGAGUGAUGUGGAAGUUUUAUUUAAUCGAAAGAACAGAAAUGGUCCAGUGAACUUCCUGAUCAGGCUGCCUGUGGAUUUUUCUAAGAUACCCCCAGUUCUCACAAGGGAAAAUCUGGGUGAAGAUUCUGCUGUGCUUCUAAUCACAUUUCAAACAAUAGAAGGAGUUAAAAUCACACCUCAGCUGUACUUGUCUCCACGUGUUGAACAAUCACUAGGGGAAACUUCUGCACUUCGUAUUCCCAGUUUUCCUAAUGGAGGCUGUUUGAUGGAUUAUGUACCAAUUGUAACAGAGCUGUUAACAAGAAAGUCAGCACAUUCUUUAAAUGCUGAAUUGGCUAAAUUAAACAAGACAAAACUGGGGCCAAUAUUGAUGUUAAUCUCUCAUUUCUCUAGGAGUCUCAUAGAAUAUGAUGCUGAAAGCUUUUCACAGGUCACUUUUUUAUUGGAGUACAAGCACUUCUUCUUUAUCUUCAGCAGUUUUCUGCCCCACUAUUUCCCACAAGAAAAGCCUUCGUUUAUUUUCCAGUCUGUAUAUCAUGCUUCCUCAGGCCAGCCUUAUACCAGUACUUGUACCAAUUAUCCCUAUAGUCCUCGAUGGUCUGGAAGUGAAAUGGCUGAAAGAGCUCGGUCCUUUAUUUUGGAAUAUAUUCCAAGUUUCCAAUGGAAUUCAGUGACUAACAAAAGUUAAACCUGAUGGAAGAAUAAAACAGCAAAUCAUUCAAGAACAUAUUGUCUGUAGAUUAUGAACAACUUUGUAAAUAUAAUUGAGCAUCAAUAAAAUCCAAAAUACUGAUUACUGUAUGCA